CUGACAACAAUUGUCCCGUAGCCUGGAUGUACAGAUGGUGUUCCUUGUUUAGUCAUUAAGCUUUGGGAGUGGCAUUACAGGGAAUACUCAUUCUAAUCUACUGAGGAAUCCAGCACUAAGGAUUAUUUCAGAGUUUCUCUUCGUGUGAGCACUUUAAAAGAUGUCGAGCAGUGGUUUCGGUGCGACAGGUUUGUUGUGCUUGCUUGUUGUUUUUCUGGCAAGCACAUGCGUAAGGUCCCGUUCACACCACAAGAUGUCUUCCACGGAGCACGAAAAAGAUAAGCUAUCGACGGCUCCCCUACGCAAUCUGACCGUCUGCCAAGAGCCUGAAUGCCAACAAAUCGCCACAUUAAUCAGGGAUGCCAUAGACACAGACACACCCCCGUGCAAAGACUUCUUUAAAUUCUCAUGCGGAAACUGGGUCCGAAAACAUCCAAUACCGCGAAGUUACAACGACUUCUCAACUUUUACUAAAGUCUCCAAGGAUAUUGAAGACCAGUUGAGGGAGCUGUUGGAAACACCUAGUUACAUAGAGACACUCCCUGAGAACCAAGCUCUGCGAAAAGCGAAGGAUUUCUACAGAUCAUGUAUGGAUACUAAGACAAUAGAACGACUUGGCACCAGACCCCUGAUGAAGCUUAUUCGCCAGUUGGGGUCGUGGAGCCUGUGUAAUGAUAAGAGUUGGAAUAAGGAAAAAUGGGACGCGUAUGACGUGCUAAGAAAACUUCAGAGCACGUAUUACCCGGCAAGUCCGUUCUUCUCAGUGGAAGUCACAAACGAUCAUCUUAACUCCACUAGACACUUAAUCAAGGUGGACCAAUCAGGACUGAGUCUACAGAGGGAGAUUUACUUCAAACACCCAGAGAUGGUCGACACAUAUGUGGAGUACAUGGCGAAGGUUGCCACGCUUCUGGGCAUCAAGGGUAACGCAACGAAAGAGAUGAGAAAAAUUGUUGACUUCGAAACUAAACUUGCAAAUAUCACCACUUCCGCGGAGGAUAAAGCAGACGGAAUCUACCGACGAAUAAAGCUCCAUCAUCUUAUCAAGCUCGUCCCCGGGUUUCCUUGGCUGAAGCACAUGCAAGCGAUCUUUCGCGGCGCCCACGUGACCGACGCUGACGUUGUCCUGGCAACGCCAUCCACAUACUUGAGCAAGAUGAACGAUAUCAUAAAGGAGACGCCUAAAGAGUUGUUGUCAAACUACGUUGUAUGGCAGAUGAUACGCGAUAAGAUCAGUCUCCUGUCCAAGCCGUUCCGCAAGGCGCGCGCCGUGUUCAACCACAAGAUCUCAGGCGUGAAGGAACAGGAGCCGCGGUGGCGUACAUGCACAAGUAUAACCAACGAUAACCUGGGGGUACCCCUCGGGACGCUCUACGUCCGUAAAUACUUCAAUGAAAGCACAGUUGGAAAGAUCCAGCUGAUGAUUCAAGAAAUCAAAGACACUUUCAAAGAACGAGUUAAAGAGCAUGAGUGGAUAGACGACAAAACAACGCAGUACGUCUUUCAAAAGGCAGAUGCUCUGAGAAGCAAGAUCGGUUACGCUAACUACGUACUUCGACCUAUAAUACUCAAAAAGCGCUUUAAAUCGUUAAAAAUCGGGAAGAAGACCUUCUUCAGUAACAAUGUGAAUGUUGACAAAUGGGUGCGACAUCGCCUGGUGGGCAAACUGCGAAAAGCGGUUGACAAAGAAAAGUGGCCCAUGUUCCCGCAAACAAUCAACGCGAUGUAUCAGUUCUAUGAGAACGAGAUUGUAAUACCCGCUGGCAUUCUGCAGGCGCCUUUCUACUACACUGGUGCAGUGCCAAAGUCUCUCAGUUAUGGCGCGGUCGGCUCAAUCAUUGGACACGAAAUGACGCACGGCUUCGAUAACACAGGGCGAAAGUUUGACAAGAAUGGCGACAUUGUUCAGGAAUGGUGGUCGAAGAGUUCACUGACAAAUUUCAAGAAUCGUGCCCAGUGCAUCGCUGAUCAGUACUCCAAGUUCAAGAUACAGAACAAAUACCCGCUGAGUGGUGUCGUCACACUGGAUGAGAACAUUGCAGACAACGGAGGGACCAAACUGUCCUAUAACGCAUACCAUCGCUGGUUGAAAGACAAUGGAAACCAGGAGCAAGUCCUUCCUGGCCUCAAGUACACCAAUGAGCAGCUUUUCUUUAUAGGAUACGCGCAGGAAUACUGUAGCCAUGCCCGGCCUAAGACAGAGUACAUAGCAAGUCUUAGUGAUAUACAUUCGCCUCCUAAAUUCAGGGUCAUUGGAACAUUAUCUAACAUGGAGGAGUUCUCAGACGCGUUUAAGUGUCCUCCUGGUAGUCCGAUGAACCCAAAAAAGAAGUGCGAGGUCUGGUGACCUUAGAAGCCCAAUUUAACUCAAAUGUGUGAUUCUAGAAGGAUCCAUACCUCCCCCGGGGCACACCCACGCCGGAUAGAAUUGGAAAUUGCAAGGGUGGGGUAUUUUUUUUUUUCAGUGCUGAUUUUCAGGGGUAAAAAAAACGUUUUCAUACAAACACUUUUAGCCACUAUGGACAAAAGAGAAUAAUAGGGGAAACAAUGAAUUUUUGCAGUGCACAAGUCGCGACCGAUUUUAUGGAUGCCAUUCUUUAGUUGAAGGCACAAAUUUCUAAGAUGUGUUUUUCUUAACAAUGCUGGUCAUUGUCAAAUAGGGCAGGUGAUAUAAAUGAUGCACCAGAGAUGUAUCGAAUAGAAUUGAAAUUAUAAUAAAGAGGAACUUUCAUACAA